AGAACAAGUAUAUUUUAAGUGGUCUACGUAGAAUGAUGUGGGUGGUGGUGUUGUGUGCGCCGGCCUACUGUGCGGCGUACUCGGCGUGAUGGGUGCGAGCAAAGAGGACGCAAGGUGCGGUGAUACGUUUGGAGCGCUGACGGUAGCCCGUUGGCGUCGCUUUUUGCAUUGUGCCCACACACAGCGACUUUGCGGCAGAGGUGACUGUGCGUCAUUAUGCACGGAGCACUGGUUCAACGGCUCCGACGAGCCCUUUCCGAGCGCCUCACUCGGCUCCGCAUUUCAGACUCUCGUAGAAGACAUGGACCACUCUCUGACUGCGCCAGUUCUUUCACGUUACAAUAAAUUUGAGACGAAGGCGACGGAGCUUGUCGUAGCAGACCACAACGGAAGAAACAAUAGCAGCCCUAUGAGUACUGGCAGAAGUACGAGCAGCCGCGCUGCAGCUCAGGCGAGCCCUCGUCUGCGACUGCUCUCACGCACGCCACUCAUUUAUGAACUUAGGCCUUCUGCUGACUUUGAACCCAAUCGAGCCGAUUUCAAGAGGUCCCGCGUGUCGCUCAGCACUCUAGCACUGUCCUCAAUGCGCUUGAAGGCGGGCGAGUACGGUGACAAUGCGGUGGAUUACGGGGCUCCGCCGGACGAAGCCCUACCCUCGUCGUCUGCCCUCGUCGUCACCCUUCGAAGAUCCGUCACCAUCCAUCAAACGAGCCCUGGCUCCGCUUCACCUUAUCGCCACUGGGUGGACCCUCUGGCCCAACCUCACACUGACACCCAUAAAAAGAAAUUGAAGACAUCGAAUGCCAGUAGCCCUAUUGAUAUUAACAUUGGAAUUCUGAUUACAAUUCCCACUUUAGUAACUAUAAACAGAUAGAUUUGUAUAAAAUGUAAUCUUUAAUGUUCUCAUGCUUCUAAAUAUAUUCG